AUUACCUGACACACUAGCUUUUGUUACUCGUUGUAUUACCGCUUUCAUAUUGAAAGUAACGUCACCUCUUAUAUUGCGGAAGCGAAUGUAAUUGUCAGCAUAACGAUACGAGUUAAUUUUUUAUAUAAAUAUAUUCUUUUUUAAAGAAAAUACGCUACUACAUUCGCUAGUAAUAUUCAACGAAUGAACCAAUAGGAGAGUCGGUGUACUCGGAAAGCUUAUUUCCGCGUAUAGACUUCCUGUAGUGCAGUUUGACUUUUCAAAGAUUGUUUACAAGGAAAUUGCAGUGUGCAUAAUCGUUCAAAAAGUUUAAUAAUCUCGGGAUUGUUUACAGUGGACCUGUCCAGAUUAAUAAACAAUGAACUUCUUAAGACUUUGUAAUCUAUUGCAGAACUUAAGAUCAUAGUUCAAACUGAUUUUCUGUGACCCACUUGUUGCGUUUAGGUUAUGGUGUUAUAAACAAAAAUAUGUUGGACAUAAAUGUUUGGUUUUCAUGAUAAGUUCUUGCAUGCCAGACGGUAGGAAUGGAGGGCCCAGGUCUGAGCUUGUUUCAAGGCUCAGAAAGUAUUCAACUAAAUACAAAUACUCAAGGAUUAGAGGAGGAUGAAGAACAAGAAGACAUUGAACGACGUAACAAGGAGAUUAAGGAUCUUCUAACUAAUGCAUUUGAUGAUUUGGAGGAUGACGAUGACAUUAGUUCUGUCAAUAGUAGCCAUUAUCAGGAUAGUACUAAGGAAGCGGAAACUUCUAACCAAGGAAUAAAUUCUUGCGUUCAAAGAAUCAUAUCACCAAAUGGUCAAACAGUUUCUCAAUUGCAAAAUGAAUUUGGAUUUUACGAUCGUAUUGAAAAUUCAAAUAAUUAUGAGAACACUAUGACAAAUCAUAGGUCAGAAUUAGAAAUUGGUCCCUCAAUCUCUGACAUACAGAGAAAUUUUAAUAUAUAUGGUCAGACGGAUACACCAUACUCCAAAAGUAACAGAAGUGAAGAUACACACAACAUGACCGCUGAAACCCCAUACGAAUUAUCAAGACCACAGAAUUCAGCAUUUCCUAGGAAUUUAAGAUCUCAGUUUGACGAAAACUACACGUUUAAUGAAAAUUAUCCCUAUAAUUAUCAAACACCAGCCAAUCAUUAUGAUGCACAAACUAAAAAUUAUUCGAAUAACGGGUAUAUCGAUGGUUAUGAAAAUAAUGUACAAUGUAAACAAAUUCAUGAGUUUGGCGGUGGAGAUAAUGUUACUUCUGAUCAUGUUAAUCAUUGUUAUAAAACGAGUCCAAACGGUAGGCCACAAGAUGAUAAUGUAGCUUAUAAAACAGCAGAGUAUGAAAGUAAAGAACAAUUAGAAGUUUUAUAUACAGUUCGAAUGAGAGAAAUUAAAAGAUUAACAGAUGAGUUACAGCAAUUACAAUUACAGAAGGAAGAAGAGAAAAGUCAAUUUAGUAGGAAAAUUACACUUUUACAAGCAGAAAUUGAAAGGUCGAGUAUGUCCAGAAAUCAAACGCAACAUGCACUAGUUGAUGCGAAAGCUGAAAUUGCUGAUCUCCAUAAUCAAAUAACAUUGUUUAAUGAGAAGAAUGCAGUUUUAGAGAAAAGUAAUCAAAAUAUGACACAAGAAUUAAAUGUUGCAAGAGAUUCUAUAAUAGAAUUGCAACAAAAAAUAGCUGUAUUAGAAAGGGUGCAAGCUUUACAAACAAAUGAUAAAACGCAUGAGAAAUUUUUGAAACAAGCACAAGAGAAGCACGCUGUUGAAAUGAAAAAUAUGCAAACACAAAUAGAUGUUCUGACGGACAAAUUAAGUGCAAAGCUGCUCAAUGUGGAUUCCAACCCUCACUGCAUAUGGGAAACAUCAUAUGUUGUAUUGGAAAAUAAGUUAGCAGAUGUUCGGAGAGCACAUGAGACGCUUAUGGUAGAGAAAGGGGAUACCAUGAAUCGUCUGGCACAGGCAUUAGAAGAAAGCCAAACGCAAUGUCGCAACCUCAUGACUACCAAUAAUGCUCAACAAGUAAUGCAACUACAAGCACAGAUUAAGAUUCUGACGCAAGAAAAAGAAGAAAUGCAAAAAACUGUACAAAAUAUACAGAAUAAGUUAGAUAUGGCAAAAAAUGAUGUAGCACAAUACGAUUCGUUACUGGUCACCAGUUUGGAAGAUGAAUCUGAUUCAAUUAGGCAAUUGAAAUUAGGUGAUCUUCAUAAUAAAUCAAAAUUAAAACCAUGUGACGAUAUUGCAAAUAAAUUAAGAGGAGAAUUACAGAGGUGUUUGGCUGGCCAUGCGGUUAAAAGGAAGGAAAUAACUCGGUUAGAGAAUACCAUGUCGCAAAAAGAAAAAGAACUUGACGAAGCUUUAACAGUAGCUGAUACAUGUCGGCAAGAAGCUGCUCGAUACGCUAAGCGCGUUAGCGAAUUAGAGCAAGAAUUGAAGUCUGUACUUACAGAUCAAGCUAUGAAAGCGAAUGCUCAAAUACAAAAAUUAUCUAAUCAUUUAAAUGAUGUGAAAAAGCAGUAUGAGUCUUUGCGAGAAGAAAAAACCGAGUUAGAACAAAAGUUAAAAGAAACAUUAUCGAUUAAUCAAGAAACACUUAAGAAGUUGCACCAAGAGAGUAUAAAUAAACAGGAGAAAGACGCCAUUGAUGAGUACAAUAAAGAAUAUUUAGAAAUACAUGCUAAAGCUGUAGAAAGGGUUAGGCAAGAAGCACAAAUUGAAGUAGUGCAAUUAUCCGUGCAAUUAGAACAAACGCAGAAGGAGUUGGAUCGUGUUAAGGAAUUGUAUAUAGAUGUCUGUAGUACAAAGGAACAGUUAAUAAGUGAACACAAGUCUGAAAUCAAAAUGUUAAGAGAGAAAUAUGCUACCCUAGAAGAGCGAGAAAAAGAUAUUGAAAAAUAUGAACAUGACUUGCAGGCACAAGUAAAAAUAGCGGAAAAAUUAACACAGGAAUGUGACACAUACAGAUCUAAGGUAAUUGAAUUAGAAAAAGAUUUAAGUUAUGAAAGAAAGAAGAAGGAAGAAUAUACAAAGAAAAUCCACCAAGAAAUAGAGAGAGCUAAAGAGGAAGCAUUAACCGAAUUACGCAAUGCUCAUCCUAAUCAGGAAAUCAGCCUACUCUUGCCAGAUCAUUGUUCCGAACAUUCAGAAAAAAUUAAUCAGUUAGAAGAAGAUUGUAAACGCUUAGAAGAAAAGCUACACGCUGCUGUUGACGAUCACAAAAAGAUAUCUGAAUAUCAGUCUGAAUUAGAUGAGGCUAGAUUAAAAAUAGCACAGAUAGAAAUUUCUCAGGAAUCAUGGAAAAAGAAAUACGAGAAUGCAAUUAACGAAAGAAGUGAUCUAAUUGCUAAAAUUUCUAAAUUAGAUUCCGAGUUAUUGAGUAUCAAAAAGAAUUCAAAAAUUGAGGAUUCUGGCGAUUCUAAAUUAAAAGUAGCUCGAUAUCAAAUGGAAAACGAAACGUUAAAAAACAAAUGUGAAAGUCUAUUUAGCGAAAGAAACAUGUACAAGGAAAAAAUAUCACAGUUAGAGGCAGAAUUAUCAGAAACAAAAAGAAUAAUUGGUAGUUUUGAAAAUCGGUUCAAAAAAACUAGCGAGGUAGCGUUAACUUCCAAAUGUGAAUUGGAAAAAGAACUUUCUCAUUACAAAGAUUUAGUGUCACAGUUAAGUAGUAAAAUCAAUUUGUUAAAAGCUGGUAGAAAAAGUGAUGUAGUGAUGGAGCAAAAAAUCAAACAGUUGGAAAAAGAUUUACAAGGAAAAGAUGAAGAGAUAGAGAGAUUAAAAGAGUUCGAAAAACUAAAAGAAGAAAGGGACCAACUUGUUUUAAAAUUGAAGAAUCAAGCGAAACAGUUUGAACAGUACGUUAAGAAUCAAAAACAAGUAUCUGCCGAAUUAAAUUUAUCACCGCGCAGUUCAAGCGAUGGUACAGAUUUUCAAAAAAUAAAGGAAAUUAUGAUAAAAGAGGUUCGCGAAGAGAUGGAACAGAAAGUAGAGAAAAAACUGAAGGGUAUAACGGAGCAGCAUCGCGAGAAGAGAAAGGAAUUAGAUGAGAGGUAUAAAACAGUUCUAUUAGAGCUACGAAAUAGAUGUAAUGAAAAGACGCAGGAAGUGGAAACUUUGAAAGAAUCGAUGCGCGCGGAAAAGGUAAAAAUUCAUUCAUCUUUCAAAGCGAAGGAGCAGUUUGUUAGUCAAUUGAUUGAAAGCAAACUUCAAACUUACUACAAAGAAUUGGUUGCACGAAAGUUGAAAAUCGAACAGUUACAGGAAGAAUUAAAGCAAAAAGAGAAUGAUGUGGAGGAAGAGAGAAAUCUAAUGGCUCAAGUAAUGACUAAGUGGGCUGCAGAAAUUAGGGAGAUAAAAAGUAAAGAAGCUGAAAUGAAUGAGAAAUUGCAACAGUUGAAAGAAAGCGAAGAAAGUUUGAAAGAAGAAAUAACUGCGCUGAAAGAGAAGGAGAAAGAAAUGAAAAGCAGUAUUGACACGUGGAAACAUAAGUAUCAGUCUGCGAAAAAGACGGCGAAUAAUUAUAAAGAGCAUGGAGAAAAUAAAGGGAAAUUCUUGUCAAGUGAAUGUAAACGUAUAGAAGAAGGGUACAAAAGAGUCUUGAAUCAAGUACAACAAAAUCUUGAAGCAAUGGUUAGUACUCAAGAACAACAAUUAGCAGCAAAGCUUAAAGAACUUGAUCAGUAUACAGAAAGGGUAGAACAAAUGCGACUUACACUGAAGUACAAAAGUAAAUGUUGAAUUAUGUAUUAAUACUUUUAGUAUGCAAUAUAGCUUUGGUAGUUUAAAUGCAAAAUGUAGUUAGAAGAGGCUAGAUAUUUUUUAAUUUAAAGCACUUUAUUAGAUGAACAACACUAUUAGUACAACACUAUUAGAAGAUUUUUAUUUUAGGGACCAAUAAGUUAAAAUUGAUAUAUGUAUAUUCAUAGAAAUAUUAAUAAUUCGUUUGUUGUAUUUUAUUAUCGUGACAGCAAACGUUAAUGUAAUUUUAAAAGCAAAUACGAAAGUACAAUUUCCCGGUUAAUAGAUAGAGUAAUAGUUAACGAUUAAGAUCUAUACGUUAGUUAGAGAACAAGUGAAAUUGUAAAGAGAGAAAACCAUUUUUACAAUGAUUAAUUAUCUCAUAAUUUUAUAAAUUGUCUAUAUCGAAUGCAUAAAAACGUACUCCAAUAUAAGUGAGAUAGAAACCCUUAGUCACAUGUUUUCACAGAACGUUAUGACAUAAUAUCGUAGGUCAAGACUGGAUCUUUAAUAAAUCUUUUUUCUUAUGAAAUAGAUAGAGUCUUCAUAGACUUUAAGAAAAAUUAAAUUGUUGUAGUACAAUAAAUAUAAUUAUCUUUUCAUUUGAAACAUUGAACUAUACUUUCGAGUAUUAAAAAAUUGUUUGCAAUGUAUAUGACGUAAGGAGAAGAUAAAAAAAUUUACAUUAAGGUUGUACAAAAUGUGACUUUAAUAUAGAAAGCUUAUGUUAUGCAUCAGAAAUUUAACUUUUAUAUUUGAUGUGCAACAUCGAGUUACAAGAUUAAUAUAUAUUAAAAUUUACAAUUGGAAAAUUUUAUGUCGAUUUGCUAUUCAGAAAUUUAAAAAUUAAAUGUACAAAAUUUUUUUCGUUAAUUUUAUCUAAGUUUUUGAGCACAUACAAAUAAAAUAUUUUGUACAAAUUAGUACAUGUAAACGUUUUGUAAAUGAAAUAAGAAGCCAUAAUUCUUUCUAAUCUCAUAAUUUAUCUCAUAAGUUUAACUGUGCGUGUAAUAUACUCACAAGUAAUUAUUAAAAUAGAGACUGCUGCGAUUAAUUUGUUUAAAAAAUUUUUUAUAUAAAUUUUAUACUUAAGUCUUAGUAAACAUUCUCUUUUCUCAGAACACAAAUUCAAAGCAUAUGUUUUGAAGAUUUAUAUCUUUACUGAGACUCAUGACAUUUACAUAUUAUGUAUUGUACAUUAUACAUUAUUAAUUUUACCAGUGUCAUCAUUGUCAUGCUUUGAUAAUAAGGUACAUAAAUAGCAGUAUAAUUAUUAAAUCAUCACCGAAUAGAGAGUAUUAUUAAUAUUAGUUAUGUAUUUUUGUAUGUAGAAUGAAUUAAUUUAUUUUUUGUAAUAAAGAUUUUAUGUCAGUGUCUAUUAAUUAUGUAAUCUAAAAUAAUUAAAACCUCGCAAAUAUCUAUUGAUCGGUUUUAUACCAUAUUUAUUAAUUUUACUACUAUAUAUAAUGUGAAAAAAGUCAAAAGCAAAAAUAAUAUGUGCGCACGCGUGUGUACAUGUACAUUUUAUAUGGAAUUUAAAGAUUG